AUGUCCACACCUCUCCUCAUCUUUCCUCUUAUUACACUACUAACCUCAACAUAUUCUGUGCCUGUCCUUUGGCUACUUGCAGACUGCAGCUGCAAGUGGUUAAAGAUUUAUUUUUUGGCUGUCCAUAUCCCUAGGGACUGGCACCUUUACUUUUGGAAUCUGGAGGCUUGGUUUAGGUUAUCCAUGUCCCCAGGGACUGGUGCCUUUACCUUUAGAAUCUGGGAGCUUAGUUUAGGCAUCCAUAUCUCUAGGGACUGGCGCCUUCACCUUUGGCUUACUUUAGGCAUCCAUGUCCCCAGGGACUGGUACCUUUACCUUUGA